CGUCGGAGCAAGCGCUUGGAAGUUGAAAUAAAUAUAUUUAUUUCGUUGAAAUAUCCAGUUGAAUAAGCAUUUAGCGUGUUUGUGACGUUAAAGAAAUAUACAAUUUAAUCAUAUAAUGUUAUUCAGUCGUGAAUAGCUGCUAUAUUCAUUCGUAUUCUUCGAUGUAUUAAAUUAGGUGCCGUCAUGGGCAAAUCAUGCUGUAUAGAAGGCUGCGAUGUCUCCAGUCCAGAUGUUGAGUAUUUCAAGUUCCCCCGCAGCGGAGCCCUGCUGGCAGCCUGGAUAGAGGCGACCGGGGCGCCGGGGGGCGACGUGUGCUCAGCACACUUUACUGACGCGGACUAUAAAAGUAUGCGCGGCAAACGACGGCUACUCGGCACAGCGGUACCCAGCGUGUUUGUUUCCGUAAGUUACAAUUAUCCCCAGGUUCCCCCGCAGCGGAGCCCUGCUGGCAGCCUGGAUAGAGGCGACCGGGGCGCCGGGGGGUUCCCCCGCAGCGGAGCCCUGCUGGCAGCCUGGAUAGAGGCGACCGGGGCGCCGGGGGGCGACGUGUGCUCAGCACACUUUACUGACGCGGACUAUAAAAGUAUGCGCGGCAAACGACGGCUACUCGGCACAGCGGUACCCAGCGUGUUUGUUUCCAAACCAUCCACAGAAAACGGAAACAUCACAGACCCAACGAAAGACACAAACAAAAACGCCAAUACGAACCCAAAAAAUAAAAAAGCUAAAGAGAAAAAGAGCACAAAGAAAGCUAAAGCCGAUUCUACCACAGACAACAUAAAUAAAAUAGCAACAGAUAAUAAUGCCAUAGACAAGGACGAAUCUACGACUGAUACUGAUGUAACUGAGAAUAAUGUCGAAAAUGGAGAGAGUUCACAGGAAACUAGGCAAGGCGGUGAAGAAAAUGGGAAACAGGACAAGAAUGGAGUAAUCGAAAAUGAUCAACCCGAAGUAAACGACAUCGAAGAUAUGAUAACCAAUUACCAGAUCAAACAGCCGCCCCUCGCCGAUCGACUCAACCCGGACCCUCUAGAGGACCUCAUCCCGGCCAUCUUGGAAAAGCAGAGCGUGCAGGAGUUACAAGCUACUGAGCAGGUCGACAUUGAAGUAGAGAUACAGGAAGAAACGAGGAAUAAUGAAAACACACAAGAGGUGGCCCAGGGCAAGUUGGACGUGAACCAGCUGGCAAACCAUAUAGCCAACAAGUUGGACAAUCAGCUGGCGCAGAUAAUGGCCACCGCGCCCGUCUUCAUAGAAGUCGCCGUGGAUCAGAAUGACACGCGAGCCGAGAGCCCCCAAGACUGCCUGAUGUUACUUGAGAGUGUCCAGUGUGAUAUAGAUCCUUCAAGCCUUAUGUUACCUGAGCACGGCCCGGACACCGACAGUGAUAUGGAGAUAGUAGAGACAGAUAACAAAACAACUGAAGACCCCAACCCAAUAUCUCUUCUUACAUCCAGCGACGAAGACGAAGUCAUUAUAGAAGAACCCCACAUCGACACAGUGGAGGUCUCAGACGAAACAGACGAAGAUGACAGACCUCUACAAAGGCUUAUUAAAGAGAAACCUAAACAGAAAAAACCGGAGAAGAAAAAGAAAAAAGGAAAUUUCGAGUACUUCGUUCAUUCCAGUCCGUACUACUGUGUCCAAUGUGACUUCAGAACGGACAACGAAGCAGAAUUCAUACGACAUAACAUAGAGCUCGGUCAUAUAAAUUCAACAACCAUCCAAGUAUGCUCAACAUGCAACUAUACGACUGCGAGCAAAGCACAGUACUCUAGACACAAGCGGAAACAUCGGGAUGAGAGAAACUUCAAGUGCCAUCUAUGUAAUUAUAAAGCGAGACAUAGCAUGAGUCUCAUCUACCAUCUCCGCUGCCAUGAUCCGGUUGAGAAGAAACAAGAGAAAUUCACGUGUGAUAAGUGCGGUUUUAGUUCAAAUGUGAAAAGUGAAGCGUUGAAUCAUUUGAAGAAUAAGAGUUGUGAAGGUAAUAAGUAUUCGUGUGAUCAGUGUAGUUAUAGUACGAAGAGACGGAAUGAUUUGAGGAGGCAUCGGCUGAGGAGGCAUUCCGUUGAUGAUAGUGAUGAGGAUUUUACUAUUUAACCAUUUGUACGCCAAGAACACCUAAAAUCGUCGUUACUUGUCGUGCCCACAGCGCCAUGGACAACUAUACUGUCCGCGCGCGAAUUCCGUGCACGGGUGAGGAAUGUUAGGAAUGUUGGGCGUCAUGACCGAGUGGUGUCAUUUUGUACGUACGGGCGCGGCGCACACCCCCCCACUUCCUAGACCUCCGAAUGCACGGAAUUGGCGCGCGGACAGUAGGUGUUAUGACGUACGCUGUCAAAGUAACCUUCACACUUUCAAGUAAGGUUUACAUUAGCUCGCUUGCGCCUGGGACUAUGGAUGGUAUAGAAAGGAUGCCAAUCUCUUAUGGCAGAAUUGUUGCAAAAGUGACCGCUUUCAGCUUUAAAUAAUAGUGCUUAAUCUCUCCGGUGGGGCUAGUUAGGCUCUGGGACAUGAGUAUAACAUGAACCAUAUAAGGCAAUAAAUAACCCGACCAAAUUACGUUGGUUGUUUUUGGUAGUAUUUCGGUGUAUGGUGGCGCCCCCUAAUUACUGUUUUUUGAUGGACACUUUUCAUACAUAGAGAUUUGGCUCCUUUAUAUAGUCUCCAUGCCUGGGACCUUGGCGUGUGAGUGACGUUUUGAUUACAACGUAAAACGUUCAAAGUUAAAGAUGAUACACGAAAUUAAUUAAUAUGUCUGACUUACUUUUAAAGCAGAGAUAGGUAAAUAACGACUGUAAAUCUCUAUAUAGUGUGCCUAAUCAUUGAGUGCAGUGGGAAAUAUCUCCAGGAUGAAAAUUAAAAUUUUAACGUAAUUUAUUUUCUAAAACCUAACUAACUAAUGUAAUGUGGGAAAUAACUAGCCGCCAAGCGGGCGCUACUGUCGUUCACACAGCCAAUAUUAUACUUAUGCGACCAAAAGGAAAGCCUAUUUCGAGUUAAACAUAUCCACUUUAAUAAAAUAAAAAAACAAUAAGAAAGAUUUGUUUUAGUUUUGUAUCUUUUUUUAAGUAAAACUAAUUUAGAUGUGCUUACCCCAUUUUUAAACACUACCAGUUUUUUUUUACAGUUUAAAAUGAUCCAAUAAAUUCCAGUAAAACUAGUAAGCUUAUACCUACAUACCUAAUUGGUUAUUUCGUCAAACGCGCUUUUAUAUAGAGAUUAUCAACCUUUAUUAUGAAAUUUUCAUUGAUAUUCCAAAAAAUAUUCAAAACAUAACUUAAUAGUCAAAUAUAAUAAGAUGAAAUAAUAGUUGUGACUAUUAAAAUAAUGAUAAAAUAAUUAUGUGUGAUUGUUUUUUUAUGCUUUACUGAAACUGAAAUUAUGUUGAUUAUUUUUUUAUGUAAUUAAUAGAAUUUAACCCUACCACCGCCAUAUUCAUAGUUGUGCACCAAUUGAACAACUACCAUUUAAACACUACCAGUUUUUUUUACGGUUUAAAAUGAUCAAAUAAAUUCCAGUAAAACUAGUAAGAUUAUACAUACCUAAUUGGUUAUUUCGUCAAACGCGCUUUUAUAUAGAGAUUAUCAACCUUUAUUAUGACAUUUUCAUUGAUAUUCCAAAAAAUAUUCAAAACAUAACUUAAUAGUCAAAUAUAAUAAGAUGAAAUAAUAGUUGUGACUAUUAAAAUAAUGAUAAAAUAAUUAUGUGUGAUUGUUUUUUUUAUGCUUUACUGAAACUGAAAUUAUGUUGAUUAUUUUUUUAUGUAAUUAAUAGAAUUUAACCCUGCCACCGCCAUAUUCAUAGUUGUGCACCAAUUGAACAACUACCAUUUAAACACUACCAGUUUUUUUUACGGUUUAAAAUGAUCAAAUAAAUUCCAGUAAAACUAGUAAGAUUAUAACAUACCUAAUUGGUUAUUUCGUCAAACGCACUUUUAUAUAGAGAUUAUCAGCCGUUAUUAUG